UCUGACAGCUAUGAUACCAACUUAAAGACACAAAACGUCAAAAUCACGAGUUAUCAGUCCAAUGAUAAGCACCAAAAUUGUAAACACGCUGAAGGCGGAGGACAUGUAAGCUUAACACAUUAAAAAGUUUUUAAACUUUAUAGGUGUAAUUUUAGAAAUAAAAUGGAUAUCGAAAACUUACCUUUGGAAACUUUUAUCGAAAUAUUCAGCAACUUUGAUGGUUUUACUCUUGGAAAAUGCAGAAGAGUAUGUAAAAGAUGGAAGGAUAUCAUAGAUAGCGUAGACCAUUUAUGGGAGAGUAUUUGCAGCAAGGAGUUCAAAUACCCUUCACUAAUAGCUAAAAAAAAGUGCGGUAACGACUGUAAAUGGUACCAUAUUUAUAAAAACCUCACAAUGUGGUCAAAAGUGACGGAUUUCGAGAUGAAUUUCCGGGAAUUUUAUAAGUUUACUUUGCACGACAAAACUCAUGCCUUGAGCAUUGACUAUGGAGUUCUACCAUUGAAGGAUACGAGAGGCAUUGUCCUGUACGAUACUAGUACUAUGAAGCACAUUCCAGUAGCAGUUCCUGAAAAAAGUUGUUUAAAAAUAGCUAAUAAUGACCAUGCAACUGUCAUGCUGUUAAAAUCAGGUAUACUGCUCCAAAGGAAUGAAGAAAAUCUAACACAUAUGACCGAAGCAUUCUUCAAAGCAGACAACUUUGUGUUACACGGAAAAGAGCUUUAUUUCUUUAACAAUAGAGAUGUUUUUAUGUGUGACCUUAUGAUGGGCAAUUUAGAAUCAAAAUUGAUGUUACAUUGCAAUUAUGAUAUCAAAGAAAUACAAUUUAACGAUGGUAUAGUAUACAUAUUUACAGACUGCGGGAAAAUCGUGACCAUAUCCAAAGAUAGGACGGUAACAGAAAAAUUAAUAAGGAUCCCACCAGAAUGGAUUAAACAGAUAAAACAUAUUUGUGCAUUAAAUGAUAAAAACUUUGUGUGUUAUUCCAGAAACCUAUUUAAAAUAGAGACUGAUCGUUACCAACACCUGUAUUUAGAAUUUCCACCAAUCACAGCUCUAUUUUUCUACGGAGACUUUGUGUUAAUCGGAUCAAAGUCUGGGGAAAUCCUACUGUACAGACUUUCAAGUCAGAAACGGGCUACCAGGCCUAUCUUUGAGACCCUAGCGACAUUGCCAGAUGGAAAAUUUGCUGUCCAACUAGAUGUUUGUGAAAGAAAGACUGGCCCUGUUAUUGUAGUGGCAACAUUUUUUGAGAUUAUAUUAUUGGAGAUUAAUUUCUUUCCACAUGAAAAGGAGAACAAAACGACAUUUCCGAACAACAAACUGUUUAUGUACAAGCGACUUUUACGACUGCGCGACCGACUUCGACUCGGCGUUCCUUCAAUAAAAUCAAUAGCAUAAGGCCAUUGAUAUGUCGAAACCCAAGAUGCACACACAGUCUCAAAAACUUCAUCUGAAACGCAAUAUUUCCAUAAAUCAUAUUGGACCUGUAAGUGAAUAGUGUGACUAUACAUAUCUCAUAGUCACGCGUAGAUCUCUAUCACUGGAAUUUAUGGGUGACCGGCCAAACUUAUAUAGAAAAGCGAGCAGCGACAACAUGUAACGUGUGGCGACCUCCACAUAGAAACUACGCCCGCGCUAAGGUAUUUAAUCUUUGUGUCGCGUUUAACCGUUCAAGUCACAUGCACAAAGACUCACUCAAGACAGAGAUACAUAAGCUUUUGACCUACGUGGGGAUCAAACUCGCAAUACCUUGCGAACAGUCAGUGUGGCGUGGUGACCUCAACCACUACGGCUUUGACGACACUUCAUAUGAAACAAUCUCAUUUGUUCUGUUUUCUUUAAGCUAUUUUCCUUUACUGUUUUUAGCAAGUGAUUUACUUAGUGAUACGCAACACAUUAAAUCAUUUAGAAAGAACAUUGUGUGUGCCGGGAUUUGAACCUAAGACCUUGGACUUGGCAGUUCAACAGUCUACCACUAUACUAUAUCUGCAUUCAAAUUAGCAACUGACGUUGAAUUAAAGACUGUUUUGACAGUUACUUCUUCAGGACUGUGUAUCUUGGUUUUUUAUACAUCAAUGCUUGAGGCCAAAGCUUUAAUAGAUCUAAGUAACUUAUUCGAAAUAAUAAUGUAGUAUUACUAUGAUAAAAAUUUAAUUAAAGUUAUUGUUAAAUUGU